CUAAUCCACACCCACGAAACCACGAACUUGGAAAUUUAAGAAGGUCCUCCAGAUUCUUUAGAACUUGUCGGGCGUUUGCUUCAGAUCGCAGCAAAAUGUUGACCGCCUCCGACUUGGCCAGGCUAUGCAGGAUCUGCCUGCGCCAGUUGAGGGACCCGGAGUGCCCGAAUCCCCGCCUGAUUCAGUUGCUAAAGAAGUUCCUCGACAUCGAUGUCCUGCAGCAGCCGCACGGAUUUCCAACGCAAAUCUGCAAGCUGUGUCAUAACGCGAUGGCCCUUCUCGAGGAGCUGGGUCAGGUGGCCAGGGAGACCAGUGAAAAGCUGGCUGGUUUCUUGAUCGGAACGAAAGAAGCCGAUCCCAAACCGAAUGCAGUGGAAAUGCCAGCCGAGAGGGUGAAGGAUGAGCCACUGGACCAAGGGCAAGAUGAUUCUCAGGACAGUGAAAUGCAACAGGAACUGGAACAGCUCGAAAAACUGGUGGAGCAGCAGGAAAACGCUGAGCAAGAGCAACAACUAUUGGAGGAGGUGCAGCAGCAGGAAAAGGAGCAGGAGCAGGACCAGAACAAGGAGCAGCGUCCGAAUAAGGAUCACACCGCCUCGCCAAACAAAAGACGCGCCGGCCUGGCCUGUGACCAGUGCGGCAAGCAAGUGUACAAGCUGCCCUAUUUGGAGGCACACAUCCGCAGCGUGCAUCAGGGUUACACGAAACCGUUCCUUUGUCGCAGCUGCGACAAGUGCUUCACCCGCUACGAGCAGCUGCGUUCGCACAUGCGGAACGCCCAUCCGCAUCCCCAUCCCCAGAUGCACCAGCAGCAGCUCCAGGAGCUGCGCGAGCUCAUGUGUGAGCUAUGCAACCGCCAGUAUAGCACCAAGAAUGCCUUGGGUGAGCACUUGAAGCGCCAUGCCCAGCGCAAGGAGCACGUUUGCGAGCAUUGCGGCGUGGCCAAGGUGACCAGAACGGAGCUAUUAACCCAUUUGCGCACCCAUAAUCCCACCUGGGAGCGCUUCAAGUGCAAACAGUGCCCGCAGCUGUUUCGUCACAAAAGUGCCAUUAGCCGCCAUGUCAGGGUCGUCCACGAGGGUCAGCGACGCUUUCAGUGCGGUCAUUGCAAGAAACGCUUUGGAACACACGCCUCACAGUUACGCCACGAGCGUCUGCAUGCUGCCGAGGGCGAAGACGAUGACGAGGAGGAGGAGGAGGAGAGCGAGGAGGAAGCCGGUGCGGGGAGUGAUCCCAAGCUUUGGCCGGAAUCUUUCGCUUGCAGCCAUUGCCAGAAGCCUUGCGUAACCCGUCAGAAUCUUGAGCUGCAUUUGCGUCGCCAUCGACGCGGCCGGAAGACACAGCAGUGGCUGAGGGAGCAGGAGGAGGAACAGGAAGAAGAGGAGAACAAAGAGGAGCAGCAGCACCAAGAAGAGCAGGAAGGGGAGCUGCUGCAGAAAAAGAAAAAGCUGCAGAAGAAGAAUGCUGAUAAAGCUGAGAAUAAGCAGGAGAGAGAACAAGAUGAGUGGCAACAAAAAGACGAACGUGAAUGGAAGGAGGAGGCGGUGGAGUUCGACUGGAGUUCGCCCAAAGUAGAGCAAGAUGUGACCAUGAGUUGACCAAGUCAGCGUCAAGCUAACGUUAAUAAUAUAUUCGUAACCAAAAACAUUCAUAUUUUUAUACUACCUGCACACAGUUCGCAAAUAAUAGUUAAGAGAACUCUCUUUGUUUUUCUAUUUUAUUUCUAUUUAAGUUUAAAUAUUCUCAGUUGAUUUAUUGUUACGAUCGUUAAGUAAUUGUUAAUCUACAUUUUUUUAAAUCUGUAUAUUCAGGAAACUGUUAUUUGCGAGUCUUGUACUUAUUAGAAACUGCACAUUGUCGAACCUAUAGCCUUAGUUUGUACCUGGUGUACCAUAAAAACAGAUAAAAUGUUAAAAAUGUUUAACAUAUAAAC